AUGGAUAUCUCCAAAGAAUCCGAGAAAGAUGAGCUCCAUGCUCAAGAACCCAAGAAGGAAGCAGGUGCUUUGAAGAGCUAUCUUAGAAUCUUUCAAUAUGGCUCACCCAGGGACUAUACCUUGCAGGCCUGCGCUACGGCCUGUGCUUUGGGAUCUGGCGUUGGCAUGGCACUUGUAAAUUUGGUGUUUGGCCAAUUCAUCACUGUCAUCACCGACUAUACCUCGAGUCAUGCUAAUCCGUCGAAAUUCCGAAGCGACGCGGGCAGGCUUAGUCUCUAUUUCUUCAUCAUUGGACUGUGUCGAUUCUUCCUCACUUAUGGAUACAGUACAUUGUUUACACUGGCGGCAUACCGAAUCGCACGAAACAUUCGCCGCUUGUACCUGAAAGCAGGUCUUAGCCAAGAAAUUGCAUUUUUUGAUGCUGGCAGUAGUGGAUCAAUUGCCGUGCAAGCAACCUCGAAUGGGCGACUCAUCCAGGCUGGGAUAUCUGAAAAACUUGGGCUUGUAGUCCAGGGGCUAUCCACCUUCAUCUCAGCCUUCGUGCUUGCAUUUGUCACUCAAUGGAAAUUGACCUUUAUCUGCUGCUGCAUUGCCCCAGCAACGCUCCUCGUGUUGGGUACAGCCGCUACCAUUGAGGCUUCGAUUGAAACAAAGAUUCUCAAAGUUCAGGCCAAAGGUGGAGCUUUUGCGGAGAGCAUUCUAUCGAGUACUCGGACGGUACAUGCUUUUGGCCUUCGAAAUCAGCUGCUGCACGAGUUUGACAAGUUCUUGCAAGCCUCAAGGCAUCUUGGAAACAAGAAAUCGCCUCUUUUUGGUUGCCUUUUUGCGGUUGAGUACACCAUCAUUUUUGCAGGAUUUGGCUUGUGCUUUUGGCAGGGCGUAAGGAUGAUAUCUACUGGUGAGGUGGAGAACGUCGGGGAUGUUUUCAGUGUUCUCAUGUCCAUAGUCGUGGCAGCUACGAGCUUGACAUCCAUUAUGCCUUACAUGAUUGAAUUUACUCGCGCUGCCUCCGCAGCAUCAGAACUAUUCCAGCUCAUGGAUCGAACCUCGACCAUCAAUCCUUUUGACGAGUGCGGACAGACACCAACGGAUGUGACAGGCUAUAUAAACUUUGAUAAUGUCUCGUUUGCGUACCCCAUGCGUCCCGACGUCAAGGUCUUGGAUGACUUCUCACUGCACAUUCCUGCCGGGAAGACAACUGCACUCGUUGGAGCUAGCGGUUCUGGCAAGAGUACUAUCAUUGGGCUGAUUGAACGAUGGUACAAUCCGUUGUCGGGAACGAUCAAGCUUGACGGCCAACCUGUUGAAGUUUUCAAUCUCAAAUGGCUGCGUCAACACGUUAGACUUGUUCAACAGGAGCCUGUUCUAUUCACUGGCACAGUCGCCGAAAAUAUCGCCAAUGGACUGGUUGAUACGCCAUGGGAAAACGAACCCAAAGCCCAGAAGCUAGCUCGGAUACAAGAGGCCGCCAAGGUUGCCUUUGCCCACGAUUUCAUCACCGACCUUCCCAACGGGUAUGAUACUAUCAUUGGGGAGAGAGGUGGGUUGUUGUCUGGCGGUCAAAAGCAACGUGUUGCAAUUGCGCGCAGUAUUAUCUCACAUCCACAGAUCCUUCUUUUAGAUGAGGCAACUAGUGCUCUUGACCCCCAUGCCGAGGAGAUCGUGCAGCAGGCACUGAACAACGUCUCCAAAGGACGCACAACAAUUACUAUUGCGCAUAAGCUAGCCACUAUCCGAGAUGCUGAUAACAUUGUGGUCAUGGAACACGGCCGCAUCCUUGAGCAAGGCACGCACAGCUCACUGUUGGACUCGAAUGGUGCCUAUUCAAGACUCGUACUGGCUCAGGAUUUGUCUGUGGCCACACAGGACUCCGAAUAUGUUUCUAGCAAUGAAGAAAAAGAAGACAUGGAUCAUCAUAAGCUGACCAGCGAGUUGACUCAGUACUCAACUCUGACAAGAUCAGCCCCAGAUAAGCAAAUUAGUCGUGAUGACUUUGGCCACUGGAAAAGAUUGGGACUUCUUCAAACGGUCUGGAGAUUGGUCAAAUCGACCCCGGAGCUCGGAUGGACGUUUGCGAUCCUGCUUUUGGGGUGCCUAGCUGGAGCACAGACCAUGAACCACAAGUACCGGAAACAAGUCAUCAACGACAUGAUGAAGCAGGACUUGCAGUUUUUCGAUCGCCCCGAAAACACGACGGGGGCUCUCACCAGCCGUGCCGACUCCUAUCCACAGGCUGUGUUUGAGCUCAUGGGCUUCAACGUUGCACUGAUCCUGGUCUCAACUGUUGGGGUAUUGUCAUGCGCCAUUCUAGCAAUAGUAUAUUCCUGGAAGCUUGGGCUUGUAGUGGUCUUAGCAGGACUUCCACCCAUGCUUCUUUCCGGCUACGCUCGCAUCAGAAUAGAGGGCGAAAUGGACCACAAGAUUUCAAAAAUGUUUUCCAACAGUGCAUCAAUUGCCUCCGAGGCCGUCACUGCAAUCCGAACCGUGUCUUCUUUGGCCAUUGAGACCUCUGUCUUGGAGCGUUAUACCCAAGAGCUUGACCAUGCGAUUGCGGCGUCUACAAAGCCAGUGCUUCUCAUCAUGCUUCCUUUCGCAUUUACUCAAACCGUGGAAUAUUCCUUCCUCGCACUUGGUUUCUGGUAUGGAUGCAGACUUGUCUCAUUUGGAGAGUUGAGCAUGGUCAACUUUUUCAUCACCUUUUUGAGUGUCUUUUUCUCUGGCCAGCAAGCUUCAAUCCUUUUUGGCUUUUCAAGCAGUAUGACCAAAGCUGUGAAUGCGGCCAACUACAUCUUUUGGCUUGAAGAGCUUCAGCCUACCAUUCGAGAGACUGACGAGAAUCGCGACAUUGGUCCUGGCGACUUCAAGUCUCUGCAGUUGGAGAAUCUGCAGUUCUCUUACCCAAUGAGACCUGAUGCUCGCGUACUCCGUGGCAUCGAACUCCAUAUAAAACAGGGACAAUUCGUCGCAUUCGUCGGCGCAUCUGGAUGUGGAAAAAGCACCAUGAUCAGCAUGCUCGAGCGCUUCUAUGAUCCAAUAGCAGGUCACAUCAAAAUUGACUCUCUUGCACUAGACCACUUGAAUCCAUGGCUGUACCGAGGUGAAGUGGCACUUGUACAACAAGAGCCCACGCUUUAUCCCGGCACUAUUCGUGAAAACAUCGCUAUGGGCACACCGUCUGAUGACGCCUCAAUGGUUUCUGACAACGAUAUUGAGGCUGCCUGUCGGGCUGCUAACGCGUGGGACUUUAUCUCCUCGCUACCUGAUGGUCUAAUGACCCUCUGUGGGGUCAACGGUACACAACUCUCUGGUGGUCAGCGACAGCGCAUUGCCAUUGCCAGGGCGCUACUCCGAAAUCCACGUUUAUUGCUACUGGAUGAAGCAACUAGCGCUUUAGACACACAAUCAGAGAGGAUUGUCCAAGAUGCGCUGAACGAGGCCGCUUCCCAUGGUGACAGAAUCACCAUUGCGGUCGCUCAUCGUCUGUCCACUAUUCGCCAUGCAGAUAUGAUCUGCGUGUUUGAUGGAGGCAAGAUCGCGGAGUCCGGAACCCACGAGGAACUACUAGCCAGGGGCCGACUUUAUCCCAGGAUGUGUGAGGCUCAGAACCUAGGCACAUAA